AACUUUACCAACUCACUUCCCUAAACCCGAUAGCAGCACAUUUAUAACAUUCGGCCGGCUAAGUACUAUGGCGGCAGCGCUAGUACUGGUGGUGGUGGUAGCUGCAGCCAUCCACGGCGGGGAAGGGGCGUGGUGCGUUGUGAGAAGCGAAGCUAGCAACCAGGCUCUGCAAACGGCUAUUGACUACGCCUGCGGGUCAGGAGCCGAUUGUGUGCCCAUACAACCGUCUGGUCUAUGCUACUUGCCAAACACGAUCCAGGCCCACGCAUCUUACGCCUUCAACAGCUAUUACCAACGCAAGUCCAACGCCCCUGGCUCCUGUGACUUCUCCGGCUCCGCCACCCUCGCCAAGACCGAUCCCAGUUACGGAUCGUGUGUCUUCCCCGCAAAUCCAAGCACUGCUGGAGCGACAACCUCAGGAGGAGGAACGACUCCUACAAUCCCAGGAUUUGGAGCAGCGCCGCCGCCGCCGCCAACGCUGCUUGCACCGCUCAUGGGAUUGACAACACCCCCUCCUCUAGGACCCGACGAUGACACAAACAGUGCUUCUGCACCUUCAUCAUCUUCAAUCACAAUUUUGGUGGUGAUGGUUUUUCAUUGUCUUUCUUAAUUAUCAUCAAAGAAGAAACAUUAAUGCCCCAAUUUGGCAUCAAUGAAGCAUGCAUAGCAGAAAUGUCCAAUCUCUAGUAGGUAGAUAUUAAUUAACUUACAUCCUUUGAUAUUUAUUUAUUGCAAGUUAGGAAACGAACUGAUUAGUAUUUAUAUUCGAUUUCUACUAGAGUAUUGUUCUCCUUAUAAUAUACCCAACCUGAAAUAUAUACAUUUUUUCUUACAUUCUUCAAACUAAAAA